AGGUCUUAAAAUGUUAAAUGUUGUUCUAUUCAGGCAUCAAGUAUAGGGCUUUAACUUCUCUGCAUUUAAACAGGGAAGCAUGAAAUCCAGGAGAGGACCUCAGGCAGGAUCUCAGAGCAGUGUUGCUGGUGCUCAGUUCUGGCCAAAAGCCAUGGGCAUUUUAACACAGUUAAUUUUUUUUUUCCUCUUGUGUUUGCAUCAGUCUCCUGGAGGUGGGUAGGAUGGGCACGCCCUCCCCGGGAUGGGAGCAGAUCUCUGGGGGUGCCUGCAGGCCUGUGUUUGCCCUGCCCUAAGCACCUUCCUUUGCCCAGCUUUGGCUCUCCGUUGUAGCUCCGCCCUGCAACGGUUUUCUCAUUCUUAAAGGGAUGGUCCUUUGGUUGUAGCUCUGCCUGAUCAACGGUUUAACAACUUCUUAAAGGGAUAGUCCUCACCCUCGCCCCCCAGCAGUUUUCCACCUCCUUGAAGAAAUAGUACACAGUUUUUCUUUCAAAAGAAAAAGGUUCCUCUUUAUGGUUUCCCAUAAGCUCAUGUUGUCUUAUCAGAGGCUUAGCUUGUAAGGCCAGUUAUUGAAUCACAAAGGAAAAAAAAGACAGAGGAAAGAGAAAGAAAAAAGAAAGAAAAGAUGGAGGCAGAUGCGGGCCCACCUCACAGUAUGACAAAGAUAAGAUGGCCGCACCCAACCGGAGCUAAACGGAGAAGCAGCUGUCAGUAAACUCCAGGAAGGAGACCAGGCUAAUUUAAAAAACAAACAAAAAAGCCCUGCCAGCCGUGCUGCUCCCUCUGGGAAGGCCACACUGUGUCCAUCGGCUCCUGGCUGUGAUGUCUGGCCACCUUCCCUCCCUCCCAGAGCCGCCCGACCCGGGGUCCUUAUGAAGUGGUGACUGCUCCAGCCAGCAGCUCCCCACAGGAGUAGAAGAUGGUACUUGGCCAGCCGGACCCCGAAGAGAAGCCCACGGCUGCUGCCGCACAAUGGGAGAGCCCACGCCCGAGCCUGCCUUUGUCGACGUGGACAAGGGUCUGACUCUGGCUUGCUUCGUCUUCCUCUGCCUCUUCCUGGUCGUGAUGAUCAUCCGCUGCGCCAAGGUCAUCAUGGACCCCUACAGCGCCAUCCCCACAUCCACAUGGGAGGAGCAGCACCUGGAUGACUGAGGCCCUGGUGUUGCCUGACCUGGUCCCCAGCUCAGCCCACUGAGGCCAGGGAUGGUGUGGGUUCAUCUCAGCCCUGCUGGCUGUCACACUUAGGGGAUUCCAUGGUGCUGGAGAUGUGGCCACCUGGGGACAAAGGGCACUGAUCCCAGACUCAGCGGGCUGGGCUGCAGCCCAGGCAGGCACCCCUCUGACACUGGUGGGUGGUCCCCUUCCCCAACUCCUGUGUGCCUUUGGAAACUGAGUCCGGAACAGGCACUUCUCACCAGAAGUGGUCUGGUUUCCAGGGACUCUAUCCUUGAAAUGCAACACAGCACACAGAGGUCCCCAGCAGAGACACCCCCUGAAGCCAUACCACAGCCCCAGGGACAAGAGUGGAGCAGUGAGGGGGAGAGGCACAGGGAACUCCCCCCAAAACUAACAGAGGCACAUAGGCUACUUUGAAGCAGUAUUUUUUAAAACCCAGACAUAAAGGAAAUAUAUUUUUCCUAUCAUAAGUGAAAUGUGUGUUUUAGAAGCUUGGGAAAAUGCAGUUAAAUAGGUGGAAAAGAGCACUUAUAACCCCACCUCCCAGAACCCACUGUUUGAUAUAUUUCUUCCAGCCUUUGAUACAUGUAUUUUUUAGCCGAAUUCCCACGGUGUGCAUAAUGCAGCAUUGCUGCCAAGACAGCAGACGCACUGGGACUGUGCUCCUGGGGGCUUCCUGACUGUACUUUGCUUUUCACUGACUUCUCACACAAAACCACUUCACCCCGAAACCCUGGAGGUGCACAGUCUAAGAUGAGACCUGGGCUUCAUCCUGCCCUGGCCUCUCAGAGGAGUUUAACCUUGAACGAGUCACCUUGCUGUUGGUGCCCGUCUCCUCAUUGUAGGGUGGAGAGGAAAGAAAGCCUUGUUUGUUUUUGUUUUGGGUUUGUUUUUGGAGCGGGGCACUUUCCUCACAUGUCUGAAAGUAAAGGAGAGGAAGUGCUUUAAAUGUAGAUGUGAGGGCAAUGAAAACGUUCUCCUCCUCUUCCUCUUCCUCCUCCCUCACCCACUCCUGUGACCCUGCAUCUGGAGUCCUGGACCAGCACCCAGAAACCUGCUCCCAUGCCCCAACUCCUCUAUCUUCUUGUGUGACCCCCAAAUAGCUCAGCUUUCUGAGGAGUGGGGGAGGAACAUCUACCUCACACAGUUGCUGUGAAUGAAAUGAGCACAUUGGCAAACCCAAGGGUCCUUUCUGGGGUCUACCUCCCUGGGAGAAGCUGGGUCCCCGGAGUCCCCUCUCCCUGUGGAGCCUGAAUUCCAGCCAGGACCCUUGGUUAGAAGAUUCUCACAGCAACCCUUGGGCACCUGACCUUGAGGGACAUGGUGCCCACUGGCUUAUGUCAUUGCCACUGUUUUCACACGAUGCGUAGGCCAGACCAUCAGAGUCCCUCCCUCUGUGUGCAUCCUCCCGAGGCAUGGCCUGCAUUUCAUCAGAAGGUGGGAGCCUCAGCCUUCUCUCCUCUCACCUGGGCAUUGUCCCCAGCCCACUGCAGGCCACCUGGCAAGUCGGUUUCCAAAGCCCUGUCACUUCUGGGUGACCUCUGAGGACAAGGCCACCACUGUUCAGGCAGCAUCCAUGUUACCAGGUGUCCCCUCCCCACAGGUGGGACACACAGAGGGGUGACAGUGGAGGCAGUGGCCACAAUGCAUGGCAGGGGGCAGAGUCUAAAGCAAAGCCAACCGCCCUUGGAACCUACCUCAGAGACGCCAGGCAUUUCCGUGAGAAGCCACUGACACAGCCGACUCACAGUCAGCUCACUCCCAGUCAGGCUUGGUGGGGGAGCAGGUCCGGUGGAGCUCCCUGGAGGUCUCUAGGGCCCUGGGAGUGAGAGCAGGUUGCCCCAGGGGCUGUGCCACUCAGACUAUGGCUGGAAGGCCACCCUCUGCGACCCUGGGGAGCUUGUAGAACCCAUAAUCUUUCCCACCUCCACACCCCUUGGGCCUACAGAAUUAAAUCUCUGGAUCUCAAGCACACUCACAUUGGGUUCCCUAGGUCACAAUUAUUUUCACACCUAGAUUUGCUAAUACUUUCCAUCUUAUCUCUUGACACCUUCCUUGGUGGGAAGAGGGAACAGUAACAUUCCAGAAAGGGUAGAAAAUAUAAAAAUCACUCGCAACCAUCCCCCCACAAUCAAACAAUUUUUAUUUUGUGCACACAUUCCCGUCUAAUCCUGGUUCAUGUGCAAGCUGUGUUUUUCACGCACGCCAUCAGUUGUCCGACUUCAGUCAGAACUUCAGUCAGACUUCAGUCGAUGCCACAGCACAAGCUUGUUUCCACACUGCUGCUUCAUACUUACUGUGUUUCCCUACAAAUAAGACCUGGCCACAAAAUAAUCAGGCUUGACAAUGAGAUCAGCAAUGCCAGCCCCAGUAAGCCCAUCCUGACCUUCCCUGCCUUACGGAGCAGCCACUGAGCAAGAAAAUAGUGAGGUCAGGGAAGGCUCGGAUAAGCUGACUGGGGCUGGCUUUUCUGAUCUCUAGUUUUCAAGGCUGAUUUGUAUUUUCUGGAUCUAGGUAGUCUUUUGGAGGAAAGAGGGUAGCACUCUUGUGGGACCCAAAAUGUGGCAUCUAAUGUGCCCACAGCCCUGCACAGCCCUCUUAUUAUAUGUACCCUUGGGUUGCUUCCAUUUUCCCGCUUAUACACCUAAAAUGAAGACAAAGACAGCUGGGCACGAGGGCUUAUGCACAGUGGGGAUGAAUACAGCUCAUAGCUCACCUUUCCUCCUCAGAGACACUGGGGACACCUACCUGUCUGAGGUUGACAGUGCAGAGGGAGAAACAAGUGAAACUUCACACUUCUGUUGUGAUGUCUGCUGCUAAGGAAGGGAUGUGGUGGCCUUGGGGAUCUGAGUGGCUUAAGCAGUUUCUUCAGUUGUCCCCAGACCCCAGACACUAACUCAAUCCCAAGGGGGUUGGUCCUGCUUUCAGACACCCAGUGGAGAGGAGUGCAAAGCCCACCACGUCCACAAGGGUGACCUGCACCUCUCAGUCUCACUGUUGAGGACUCAUCCUGGCUUGUGACAAUGGCUACCUGAAGUACCCCUGGUGGCCCUGUCACUGAGAGAUGCCACUGAAUCGCUGGAUCACAUUCACAUGGCAGCCACUCUACCCAGUCCUAGCACAAAGACAGAGCAGGGUGCCUCUGUCCAGAGGGGCCUGUGGCCUCUCCCCAGCAGCCUCCUGCCCUACACCCUGGUGUCCCUGACAUUCACCCACUAAGACCCCUCCCGGCGGGGCUCUCCCUGCUCCACGUCCUCACAGGAAAGCAGGGUUGGAGAGCAUUUAGUGGAAGGACAUCACAGAGGUCGAUCAAGGGUCAGGGAAGCAACAGUGGGGGGAGGUGACCUGCCAGAGGACAGUGACAGUGUGAAGCUGUAAUCACUCAGGAGACAAGGCACGACUUGGAUUAGGGUUAGGAUUAGUGCUGCAGCACUGGUGGGGGAGUCAUAAGCAGAGAUCAAAACUCCUUCCCUGCUGCAGCCCACUGGGAGUGGAGUUGGGGAGACCUCCUCCUGUCCCCCAACCCCUGCCUGGGCUGUCCAGUGCCCAAAUCAGCAGGAGCUUAUGUUGAGUCCACCCCUUACAAUUUAUGAAUUGUGCUCAGGUCCAGGGAAAAAGAUGGCCCCAAAGUAAGGCCACCAAGAAGUCCCAUCAGCUGCCAUACAGUCUGGGGCGCUAUCACAUCUGUUCCACUCCGUAGAACUCAAAUCACAGUGCAGCCAUGCUGAGGUGAGCAGGGCGACUGAACGUGAAACUGGCCACUAAGCUGGCUCUUGUCUGACCGCUGAGCUGAGAGGCAUCUCACCGGGCAGCAUGACCCAAUCUUCCCUCGCAGACGGUCUGAGUUCAUGGUGCUCUGUAUCAAGCGGUCCCAGUCAACCCAUUCCCAAAGAACAUGGAGCCGUCUUAAAGGCCUCCCUGGAAGCACUCUAGAACUCCCGAGGGUAACUGCUGAGUGGGGCAGCACGACCAACACAGUGCUCCAAGGACCGACAGCUCAGCAUCUGAGGGAGCCACGGAGGAAUCUACAUUCUGCUCCCACCCUGGACUUAGCAAACGGGAACAUGGGUCAUCGGGGUACCAGGGGCCCCAGAGAACCCCUGGACUCCAGGCUCCAUCCUUGUCCCCAUGGUGUAGCAACAGCCCUGUUAUCUCUUAGGUAUUGUGACAAAUUCCCUGGCAGCACAGUGACCCUUUUGCCUGCAGGUUCAACGUAAGGGCCCCAAGUGCUCAUCUUGGACCAUCUGGGCUUCUACUAACAGGACUGUAACUACAUUCCUUUGUGGAAGCAUUGUGUCUUGGUCCCUAAGGAUUUCUGAACCUCCGAGCCUACAGUUUUAAGGAUAGAAAACAAAAAAUCUCCUGAAUGGAUUGCUAAGUGUAAUAGAAAAAGGGGUCACUUUCACGCCCAGCCUGUGGCCCCCAGAACAGGGGACCUGGGCGGGAAUAGGAAGCACAUGUGUGGCCUCUGGCCGAACACAAACACUUCUCCCUCCAGGAUACGGAGGAAAAGGAAUCCUGUAACAUUGUUGGCAGGAAGGGAAAUGAGUGCAUAUAGAAAACCAACUAAAAGUAGAACUCAGUCCCAUCCUGGGACUCAAUCCCUCUGUCCAAAGGAAGCGGAAUUGGUGUUCCAAGGAGCCGUGUGCACUCCCAUUUUCCUGCCACACUAGUAAUAAAGGCCAAGAAAUGGAAUCGACCUAAGCAUCCACCGGCCGAUGGGCGGAUGAAGAACGAGCACUGCACACACACAGGGGCGCAGGUUCCAGCCACGGGAAAGGAUGCAAUUUUUUCAGUUGGGGCAGCAUGGAUGGACCUGGAGGUCGUUAGGCUAAGCGAAAGCAUGGACUGCAUGAUCUCACUUGUUAUCUCGUAAAAGUGAUCUCAAAAAUCGCAAGUGGUUACCCUGGCGGAAGCAAGCAGGGAAAAGCGGGUCAAUGGGUGCUGUUACAGUUAGGAGAAAAGAGCUCUGGCGUGCUGUGACUUCACAUACGGCAACUCACCACUGAUUUCAAAGAAGCCACACGAGAGGAUCUCCAAGGUUCUCACCUCAGAGAUCCGUGUUUGAGAUAUACGUUUCCCCAGAUUUAAAUAUUAUAGUGUAAACAUCGAAACCACAAUGCCCCAUAAAUAUGUACAAUUUUGUGUCCAUUUAAAAAAAUAGGAAAUGAAAAUAAAUGACAUGAGGUCAAUAGUGCCUCCUGCAGGUCAGGCCUGGGACAGCCCUCCUGGGCCCCUGAAACUCAGCCGGGUCGUCUGCUGUGGGGACAGGGCGGAGGCUGUGGUAUGUCUGUGGGGUGACUGAGUUGGGCUUGCCUGGUUUGAAUGUGACCCCCAUGUUCCCACAGUGGAAACCUAGUCCCCAUGCAGCAUGGGUAGGAAGGGCGGACUGAGAUGAGACAAUCGGGCCCUGGGUGCCACUGCAAGAGGGGGUGUCUGGCCUACUUCCCCUUUCCUCCACCCAUCCGGUGCCUCCAGCCAGGUUACAUGAAGCAAGAAGGCUGUUGCAGGACGGAGGCCACCCUUGACCUCGGACUUGUGCCUCCACAUCCCCAGCCAGAAACACCGUGACCUAGUGUGUGGCCUCUGCUGGGUCAGCAUGACCCACGGGGCAGAAGCGGCCUGAGGCACCACCUGGUAGGGCAGUUGGUUAGUUCCAUCCGAAGGGCAUGUGUCUGCUCCCACUCCCUCCAGGACAGAAGAGGGUCACUCAUCUGCCACCAACCGGCUGGCCCAUCUCACUGCCCACCCCUGCGGACAGAGCCACACGGGGCCCUUGGCAUUGGUCUCAAGUCCCUGCAGGCUGUAAACCCAGAAGCAAAGGGAAUGCUGCCUUUUAGAGGGAAAGCACUCCCUGCAUGGCUCCCGCCCCACCACGGCUGCUUCCUUCAUGAUGCCACUGGGCACACAGCAGAGCGGACAGAGGGGCCCACGCUGCAGGCUGGCUGCCCUGCCCACCUGACUGGAAGGCCUCUUCUGCAUGCAGCCCUCCACCAGGCACCAAAGUGGUCACGAAAUCUUGACACUGUGCCCCACCCUUGCUCACCCUCUCCCUGGGGCCUCUUGUCCUUUCUUGCACAGAGCAGCACUGGACCUGGCUGCUGAGGGCGGCCAGCCCCACAUGCAUCCCAAGCUGCCAGGCACACCUGGUACACAGGGUCUUCUGAGCCGUCAGCCCAAGGGGCAGGGAGCUGCUACUGCUCUGGGUCCACUCAGAACCAGCAGCCUGUGACCCAACCGGGAGACACAUCCGGCACAGGCGGAGCUUCCUUCAAGACUCCCAGUCCUGAGCCUCCCCUCCACUGGGUUGAUCAAGGAGAGGCUCCCCAUGCCUCUGCCCCACAGGAGACACCCACCAAGAUAGCCCCAGUGUGCAAGCCCUGAGUUUUCCUGGGGUCCCCCCAGUGCCACCAUGUCAUCCACACAACAGCAGUCCACCGAGAUUUCUACCCGCCAAUCUCUCUGCCCAUGGCACCCAUCCAGCCUGCUCCCUGCUCCUCAGCUCUCUAGCCACCCCACCACAACACACACAUCUGGGAUCACCACCUAGCUCUCACCUGCCCGAGAUCGCAUCCCCUGCAAGGACAGGGCUGGGGCUCUGGCACCCCCCAGCAUGUGCUAAGGACCACACCUGUGCCCCUCACCUUUCCAAGUGAGGGAGUGGGCACCUCAGGCUUGGGAGAGUCACCAAACAUAAGCUAGGCCUGGGGCUGCAGGGGGACCUGACAGGGAGGGCCAGUUGGGGCUGAGAGUACAGCAUGGUGAUGUCCUGGCCAGGGUACUCAGAUGAGGCAAGACAUUAUUCUAGACGCAUCUGUGGAAGAUGACAUCAACAAAGCUGAAAUCAAUAACUGUGGGUGAAACAGUGUUCCAGGAAGUAGGUGGGCCUGGUCUAAUCAGGUGACAGUGUCAAGAAAGACUUCCCAGGAAGAUGGAUGUUGCCUGCAGUAUGUCUUCAGCUUAUGUGCAACUCUUUCCAGUCUCAAGGCUGGCAGGCACCCUGGGCCCCAGUAUCACAUGAGCCAAUAUAUUCAAGUAAGUAUGGACAUGGACAUGCACACACGCACAACCCCCCACUGUGUCUCUAGUUAAGGAAGCACCAU